AUGGCGAUCAUAGUCCGGAAAGUCGGCUCGGAGACCGCCGCGUUGUCGCCGGAGACCGUCGAGCUGAUGUACGACCUCGAGGCGCUCAUCGAUCAGCUCCCGAUGCGACACGAGGUGUGCCUCCAUUCCAGCGCCGAUCCCGCUCCGGGCGGCAGAUGCGUCCACCGCGGCGUCACCAACCUCUGGUGCAACCGCACGCAGUACGAGGCGGAGGUCGGGUCCAAGCCGGAUCCCGCCGUCGCUCUCGUGGACGUGGUCAACUCUCGCGCUGUCGGCUGCCUCGGGAUGCCCAUCGAGAACCACCGAGUCUUUGGCUCGCCGACGUACGACGACGGAUCGACUUUUCGCUCCGCCGUCCCGGGAGUCUCUCGGAUCACGGGCGCCGUCUACGCGUCGUCGUGGUUUUUGCUGGACGUCGCCGAGGCGCGGGAGAGCGUGGUGAGUGCGCACACCGGGGCGUUCGAGAGGCUGAUGCGCCGGGAGCAGUCGCGGCUGGCGGCGCAGGGCUGGGAGGUUGAAUUCGCGUACCAGGAGGCUUUCGACGGCGAGAUUGCGCGAUCGGUCACCGGGGAUAUACCGCUGGUCAUCGCGUCGUUUACGUUCACGCUCGUCGCCGCGGUGGGAACCCAGAUGCACCUGGCGCGGCCGGAGAUGGGCGCCGCGACGCAGGCGUCGUUGGGUCUGGCGUGCGUGGCUCUGAGCGUCUUUGCCGGAUACGGCAUCGUGAUUUUUUUUGGGGUACCGUUCACGUCGCUGAGCCUGGUGGGCAUAUUCAUCCUCCUCGGCGUCGGGGUGGACGACGUGCUCGUGCUGCUCGAGGCGUUUCGGCUGGCGAGGAUCACGAUACCGGACGGCGGGACGGUGGAGGAGCGGGCGCGAUUCGCGACGGAGCGCGCGGGCGUCAGCAUAACCAUCACCAGCGCGACCAACAUAAUCGCUUUUUCGCUAGGGUCGAUGACGGUGAUUCCCGCGGUGAACUGGUUCUGCGCGUACAUGGCCUGCGCGAUCCUGUUCGAUUUCUUGUUGUGCGUCACGCUGUUCAUGGCCGUCAUCGUGUGGCACGAGAGGCGUGAUCAGGCAAAGGGGCUGCCGGCGAUUGCGUACAAAAAGUCCGCCGUCGAGACGGUUCCCCUGCCCGGUCUCGAGACUCCCGACAACGACUCGGGCAGCACCAUCGCGAAGGUGGUGGACGGUGAGGUUAAGGCGGUCGAGAAGGCGACGCAGAGGAGGAGGACGUGGACGGCGGGGGUGACGUUCGAGGGUGUCUUCCGGGGGCAGCACAUGCGGGCCUACGGCGACUUUCUCAUGCUCACUCCGGUUCGAGUCGUGGUUGUGUGCGGAUUCCUGGCGUUUGGGAUGUCCUCCCUGCUUCUCAUGAGCCGCAUAGAGGAAGGUUUGCCCCGCACGUCGCUCGCGCCCGAUGACUCGUUCCUGGUUGGAUUCUUCUCCAUCUUCGACACCACGUACCAGGCGCAGGAGGGUCUGACUUUGGAUCUACACGUCCAAGGGGUGGAUCACUCGAGUCCGGAGAUUCAGGCGAGGGUCAUGGCCGCGUGGGGCAUGCACCUGCGUUCGGGCGUCAUCGAGCCCCUGCACAAACCAAACGGCGGGUGGAUGGUGGCGCAAAACACCCCGCUGGACUCGAGGUACUCGUCCCCGAGGAGUUGGCUCACGGUGGUGACGCAGGUUGCGAUUGCCGCGAACGCGACUGCGCCGUGCAGGGCUCUGGGAGUAUCGCCGCGAGUGUGCGCCGCCGCCGCCGUGCCUUACAGACUCGCGGACGACAGCCUCACGGACGACUUCGACCCGCCGCUGGUCGUCCGAUCGGCGUUCAACGCGACGUUGAACGAGGCUCUCGAGCUGGUACCCUCGAUGUCCGAUAGGCUCAUUCGGAGGCGAACCGACGGAGUUUUGGUCGCCAGCAUCGUCAGCACGAAGGCGGUGCCCGUGGCGGGUCAGUACAAGCGACAGCUGGAUAUUUACAAGGAGUGCGUCCGUUUGGAUGAAGCCAUAAACGCCGAGGUCUUCACCGGCGCGGAGGUCAACGCCGAGUUGACCCCGUACGUGACGAAUGGCGUGAGCAUACCGAAUCUGCGGGUGUUCACGUUUAACAAUUUCUUGGUGUACUGGCAACAGGACGCGGUUCUGAAGGACGAGCUCGUGACAAACCUGACGUUCGCGGGGUUGGGCGUGCUGAUCGUGUGCAUGAUCGCGCUGGCGCACCCCGCCGCGCUCAUCGCCGUGAGCGGCGUCGGCAUCGUCGACAUAUUCCUCUUCGGCUCGUUGAUCAUCGGCGGCAUCCGCUUCAACGUCAUCUCCGUGGUUAACUUUGUCAUGGCCGUCGGGCUGGCGGUUGAUUACACGCUGCACUUUUGCCACGCGUUCCUCGCGCAGCCCGGCGCGAACAGGAUAACGAGGGUGAAGUACACCCUGAACACCAUGGGCGACUGCAUACUGAAGGGGGGCGGGACGACGCUGGUCGGCACGCUUCCCAUGGCGUUCAGCACGAGCACGAUAUUUCGCGUGUUCUUCGCGCUCCUCUUCUCGACGAUUCUGUACGGCUUGGCCGUGGGGCUGGUGCUGCUGCCGGUGGUUCUGAGCGUGAUCCCCAUGCCACCGGCGCCCCACCUGAAGCACGACUACCGCGACUGGUACGUCAACCCAAACAGACCACCGGACGGCGUGUGA